AUGGAGAGCGAUGUUAUCAGCCAGGACUGGAGUAAGAGCGAUGAGAGACUACUGCAGGCUGUGGAGCAGAAUGAGCCAGACAAGGUAGCCGCCCUGAUCGUGAAGAAGGGACUUUGUCCCACCAAACUGGACGCGGAGGGAAAGUCAGCGUUCCAUCUCUGUGCGUCUCGGGGUCGUCUGGACUGCUUGGAGGUCAUCCUGGCUCACGGGCCAGACAUUAACAUGACAGAUGGCACAGGCUUCAGUGCCCUUCACCUAGCAGCCAAGAACUGCCAGCCUGAGUGCCUGAAGAGACUAUUACAGGAGAGAUUGCCUGUAGAUUCCACAGACAGCUUUGGCCGGACAGCUUUGCAUCACGCAGCUGUGAGCGGCUGCUUGUCCUGCACUGAGACUCUGUGGGACUUCAAGGCCAGUCUGGAUGCCCAGGAUGGGGAUGGGGCGACCCCGCUGAUCCUAGGAGCCCAGAUGAGCAGAGUGGAGCUGUGUGCUUUCCUGUUGGACCGAGGAGCCAAUCCCAACAUACAGGACAGCCAGGGCAGGUCAGCCCUGAUGCUGGCCUGUGAGAGUGACAGUGCAGAGACUGUGGAGGCGUUGCUAAGGGGAGGGGCUAACCCACAUCUGGCCGACGCCCUCGGACACCACACAGCCCACUACGGCGCAACCACCGGCAACCAGCACAUCGCACAGCUGCUGCAAAACGGAGCUCCAGGGGGUACGACCCCCCGCAAGAGGAAAGCCCCCCCUCCACCGCGCUCCCCUCCCCAGGGCUCUCCGCCAUCUCCUGCCCCCCAGAGCCCUCCUCCCCCUGCCUCUCCUGAGACCCAGACCAAGAGACCGUCUCCACCUCCUCAGUCCCCAGAGACACAGCGCCCUGCUCAGGCUAACCUUAAGGAGGAUGAGGAGGUGUUUGAGGAGAUCCGCAGGCUGCGUCUGGAAAGGGGACGUCUGCUCCAGAAGAUCAAAGGUCUGGAGCAGCAGCAGAACAGCGCCCACACUGCCCUGGAGGAGCUGACUCAGCUGAGAGAGCGUCUGCAGCAGGCAGAGGCAGAGCGGGACAGGCUGCAGACUGAGCUGGAGGAGCUGAAGGCAGGUCAGGGGAUCGGAGCCAGUGACUCAGAUGACGACAUGCUGGACUUCCCAGGUGCUGAGAAGCUGCUCUCCAGGAGGUCCAGAGAGUCUCCCUAUGCUCUGGACGAGGGGGAGGCAGACUCCCUCAACCCCACCUCUCCUGGUCCUGCAGACCCAGACACUGUGGCUGAGCUACGCAGACAGCUGGAGGAGCUGGCCUUACAGAAUCAGGAGCUGGUCCUCAAAGUGCAGAUGCUGGAGAUGUUUGAGAAAGAUGACACUGACAUGCAGACAUCCGGCCCAGACUUUGUCCCCAUGGCUCUGUAUGACUCCCUGAGGAGGGAGUUUGAAGCUCUGCAGGAGCACUACUCCCAGGCCCAGGCUUCAGCUGAGGCCUCCAGCAUGAUGGGGGAACAGGGGUAAGGAUU